CCAUCUAUUUGUUUAUAUCCCCGCAACCACUUCGACUUGCGGCACCAACCAACCAUUGAGCUGAUCCACACCUCCCUUGCCGUCUUUCCCAACAUGUCUUCACCAGACGACUUCACUUUCAUUGACAACGAAGAUGCCAGAGGCGGUGGCCCUCCUCAGCUCUUCCCAGAUUUCCGCAAUCUCACCUCCGGCAAGGUCGCCGAUCUCGACCUCCAAAUCGUUACAGCCCUUCGAACAAAGCAUCCUGAAUUGAUUGUCACUACCGUGCCAGCUUACAAUGUGAAUCUCCUCCAGUUCGCCGCCGCCGGCUAUGCUCAGGCCGAAUUGGACGAGGAUGCCGAGCCUGUCAUGCGCUGGCGCGGCUUUGUCGGUCCAGGCCAUCGCGGCGGCAGUGGCCAUCUGGCUGACAGUAUCUUCUUCGCCCGCUGGCGGUAUACAUGGAACGGUGAAAGCUUCAUCCUGUAUACCGUUCUCGAGGGCAUGUCUGGAAUCAUACAGUAUGUCCUAAAAGAACCUGUUGGUGCUGAAACCACCACAUCGCAUUCUUCCGUCGUAGAUCGCUUGAUAUCUACCAUCGGCGCCUGGUUGACCAAGGAGGAGCCUGCCAUAUACGUCUACGAUCGGUAUUGGACACGCAGCACCAAGCUUUGGGACCAGGUCAAGAAGGCAAGAUGGGAAGACGUUAUUCUCAGUUCCAAGAUGAAGAAGGCUUUGACUGAAGUAGCAAACAAGUUCUUCGAUAACGAGGCCAUCUACAAGGAAUAUGGAGUACCGUGGAAGAGGGGGUUGAUCUUCCACGGCCCCGUUGGAAACGGCAAGACGAUAUCCCUGAAAGCAUUGAUGCAUACAAUCCAGGAACGCAAGCAGCCAGUCGUCACUCUAUACGUCAAGUCGGCUCCGUACAAUUUUGAUAUCCGGAAUAUAUUCCAGAUGGCUCGCUCCAUGACUCCUUGCAUGUUGGUUUUGGAAGAUGUCGAUACAAUCGUAACGCAGUCAACCCGAAGCUACUUCUUCAACGAGGUCGACGGGCUGGAGAACAAUGAUGGCAUCCUCAUGAUCGCUACCACCAACCAUCUCGAUCAAUUGGACCCGGGCUUGUCCAAACGCCCUUCGAGGUUUGACAGGAAGUACCUGUUCCCGCUGCCUGACAAGAGCGAGCGAUCCCAAUAUGCGCAAUACUGGCGGAACAAGCUCAAGGACAAGAAGGAUAUUGAAUUUCCAGGCAAACUGUGCGAUGCAAUUGCGGGAAUCACCGAAGACUUCUCGUUUGCGUACCUGAAGGAGGCCUUUGUUGCCACUUUGCUCGAUUUAGCAAGGAAUCACGACGAUGAUGAUGACGACGAAAGUUUGGAGGAGGAGGGCGACGAAGAGGAUGACCCUCUGGACAAAUACAACUUUUGGCGCGCGUUCAAGGAGCAAGUCAAAAUACUCCGCGACGACAUGGGUAGUGGUAACGAAGACGGAACUGAGCCUCCCCCGUCUGGGGAUAGGCCCAUCACCCCUCGCGGGUUGGAUGAGGGAUUUUCGCAGAAGGCAGGUUACGAGAGCAUGCACCCGCUCUUUGAAAAUAUGAGGCUGCAGGGCGGCCCGCAACAACAGUCAGCCAAGGCUGUUUUCUCAUCACAGGAAGCGGGGCCAAGUAGCCGGUUCAGGCAAGAUGGUUCAUCAAUGGUUCCCAGCCCUAUGCAGACGUUUGCCCCGUUGACCAAGGACGGUCAUGCAAAGAUCAAUGUCGACGUCAAGAAGUGGGGGCUGUAGAUGGUGUACCGAGGUGCUGGCCGCGACGCACUUGCACGUGUAGAUGGUGGGUAUCAGCGGGACUGCGCUGUACUGUACAUGAAUCAAGGACAAUGGAGAAUAUACUCAUUUCUUGU